AGGUAGUCGACGUCACCGCGCCACGGCGUAAGGAGCGGGGCUCCUGUCUGGGCCGCCCCGCUGCCGCAGUAGCAGCUCGGCUGUAGUUCCCAAGCUGCCUCGCGGCUCCAUUUGAGCCCCAUCUUGAGCGAGGGGAGUGAGCAGUUUGAAUAUCGGCUCGAGAGCGGAGCGCGCGCGGAGCGUAAAAGGGGUCCGGCCCACUCCGCCUCGCCCCCCACCCCACCCGGCGGCGCGACUUGGUCGGGGGAGAGCCGCGGCGACGAGGGCCGCCCGCCUGAGGGGGCCGCUGUGAGCCGGGCGCGCUCCGUUCUCCCCGAACAAGAUGCGGAUCUCCAGGUAGAGAGCGAAGGCAGGGCGGGCGGCCUGCGCAGGCUUCGUCCCGGCUCGCCGGCUGCCACCGCCGCCCAUCUCCGGCCCUCGACUGACUGAGUGACUGGCGAGCAGCCUCGGGCCUUCUCAGGGACCCCGCGUCUCGCCGGAAGCCCCGCGGAGCGGCUUGACUGACAGCGCCACCCCGGCCUCGACUCCGAGGGAGGAACCGCAGCCGCGGAGGGGGGAAAAGCGCUCCGCUGAGGGAAAAGAAGGAGAAGAGGAGGAGGAGGAGGCGGCGGCCCGCCCAGGGGCCCGUCGCUUCGCUGAGGGGGAGGAAGAGGAGGAGUCCUGCCGCCGCCGCCCCCUUCCUCGCCUCUCUCCCCCUCGCCAACCCCGGGCCUGCUGAGCCGGGGCCGUGUGGUGAGGCCGGGGCCGGAGGAAUGUGCGAGCCUGCCGGCGUCUACGCGCUAGACAGAGCGUGAUCUCCUUCCCCUCCGCCAGGCCCGGCUCGUGUGACCGGCUCGGACUUUUCCCCUUUGCCGGCGGCCGCCGCGAGGGCAGGUGGGCGGCACCCCCUACUCCGCUCGCUCGCUCGGCUCCCUCCCUCCCCCCUCCUUUGCACCAUGUCCAAGAUGCCGGCCAAGAAGAAGAGCUGCUUCCAGAUCACCAGCGUGACCACGGCCCAGGUGGCCAGCAGCAUCACCGAGGACACGGAGAGCCUGGACGACCCGGACGAAUCCCGCACCGAAGACGUCUCUUCCGAGAUCUUCGACGUGUCCCGCGCCACAGACUACGGGCCCGAGGAGGUCUGUGAGCGCAGCUCCUCCGAGGAGACUCUCAACAACGUGGCCGAUGCCGAGACUCCCGGGACGAUCUCUCCCAACCUGCUUCUGGAUGGGCAAGUAGCUGCCGCCGCCGCCGCGGCCUCUGGGGGUGGACACUCGCUGCCUCCUGCUGCUCCGGCAGCCAACGGAGGAGCUAUUCCCAGGAGCACCGCGGUGCCCCCAGCGGCUGCCGCCCAAGCCUCCUCAGGGGCGGCAGGAGGCAGCAGCGCGCAAGCUUUGGCUGGCCCUGGAGCCGUGCCUCUAACCGCUGCCGCCUGCAGCUCCCGCUUUAGGGUGAUCAAGUUGGACCACGGUAGUGGCGAGCCCUACAGACGGGGGCGAUGGACGUGUAUGGAAUACUAUGACCGGGACUUGGAUGGGGGGGCCGUUUUAGCCCGAACUGGGGAUUGCAUUAGACACAACAGUACGUUUGAACAGGCUGUUCAAGAUAGAGACAGUGGCUUAGGUGCCACCGGGGGCUCGCUGAUAGUCUCAGGUGUGGCGACGUCGUCGGCACAUGGCCCUGACUCCCUGGCUGACAGCUCUCUUGCUGCUGUGUCACAGCUACUCCAGCCAGAGAAAAUAAACCAGCCCUCUCUGCAGCAACCUAAUUUUGUCAUUGGGCAGCAGCCCAUAGGCGGGGCUGCGCUUCACAGUAGUGCUCAGUCGAUGUAUUCAGGGGCUACGGCGGCAAGCCAGCAAAUGAUGGGGCCUCCGCUGCAGCCUCCAGUAAACACACAGGGCAUGGGACAGGCUGUGCCCAAUGGGAAAGGCAUGCCACCUUCGAAUGUAGCAAUAGUCCAGACGAGUUUGCCCGUGCCGCAACAGCAGGUACAGCAAGUGAACGCACCAGUGACUCAGACACAGCAAUUUGCUUAUCCUCAGACACAGAUUCAACCAGUGCAUCUGGUGCCAUCUCAGACAACUGGCCAACCAGAAUAUAUUCAACAUAUGACAGUAAUUCAGUCUCAAGGAACUACUCAGCAGGCUGCUUCAGGCUCUAUUCCAAGCACUGGAGCUUCCAGUCUUCCAGCAGCACAAGUAGCUGGUCAGAAUCCCUCACCUCUAGGAGUGCCAGUGAUGGGAGUUUCUUCACAAGCUGGUGAAACAGUCGGACAGGGAUCCGGGCUAAUGCAGAGUGGCCUGACAACUCCGCUUCAGACUGUCAUUCCGCAGCAAGGAGGUGUGGUGCAGCCAAGCAUUGGACAUACAGGAGUUGUGCAACAGAAAUCAAUGACUCAGCAGCAAAUGGGUGGAAACAAUCAAGUGUCUGGUGCUCCUCAUGGCAUAGUCUCUGGAGUUCAAAAUAUGCCUGCAGCUGUGCCAGGUACUAGUGUGCCUAGUGUGUCUACAACUUCUGUUACUAUGCCAAAUGUCCCUGUUACUAUAGCCCAGUCCCAGCUGACCAGCCAUACAUCUGUCAGCAGGAGUUCCAGUGUUGUCCAGCAGCACAUCAGCCUCCCUCUGAUCCAAGGCACGACCAAUAUACCUACAAACCUGCCACAAUCUAACAUUGGACAAUUUCAGACUCAACCUUUAGGCCAGAUUGAUGAUACUAGAAGAAAAUCUGAACCCCUACCUCAACCACCACUUUCUCUCAUUGCUGAAAACAAACCUCUUGUGAAGCCACCUAUUCCAGACACUUUAACAAACCCUCUUAACUUACCUGCAACUACUCCUAUGAACAGUCUUGCCAGCUCUGUCUUUGGCAUAUCUAUUCCUGUUGAUGGUGAUGAAGACAGGAAUCCUUCAGCUACUUUCUACCAAGUGUUCCAUUCAAACAAGUUGCGGGAGUCAAAGAAUCUCUGGGAUAGUGCAUCUGGUGCGAGUGUUGUAGCCAUUGACAACAAAAUAGAACAGGCAAUGGAUCUGGUGAAAAGCCAUUUGAUGUAUGCAGUCAGAGAAGAAGUGGAAGUACUGAAGGAACAAAUAAAAGAAUUAGUUGAAAGAAACUCUUUACUUGAACGAGAAAAUGCACUGUUAAAAUCUCUCUCAAACAAUGAUCAGUUAUCCCAACUCUCAACCCAACAGGCCAACCCUAGUAGCACUUCUCAACAGCAAACAGUGAUAGCACAGCCUCCGCAGCCAACGCAACCUCCACAGCAGCCGAAUGUCUCCUCAGCGUAAAGCUCUCUUGCCUCGAAACUGAAAGCAAUCUGUCCUUGCGUGCCACUGGUGUUCUUUCCACUUUAUAUGAAAGCAAGUAGCCAUGCUUCAGUUGUGUGUUUUGGCCUUUUCAGUAUUAGACAAUCAUUCUACAAGAUCUUUCCCUCACUGAGAUGUCAUACUGCACAGUUGGCGUCCAAUUAUGCCAUCAGUGCACGACGGGGAACGGUAGAAGGAGUUCUUAAUGCAAAAGUCUGCAUUUAUUUGGUGCGCGUGAGUGGGGUCUUUAAGAGCUUUGGCGAGGCUCUUCGAGGUUUCCAUUACUCAUGGAUUGCUUUGAGCCUGGCUUUUUCCACCUAGUAACAACUCAUCUUUAGAGCCACUGUUCUUUCAAUUACAGAUAACAUUUGCCUACAUUAGUUUCAUUUAUUUGUGUUUUAUUUAUUACAGGGCUGCUAUUCAUAAUGUACAUGAACAAUGUCACAGAACUUUUAAUUUUUUUUAAAUAAAUGUAAGUAUCAGUAAAAAAAAUGAUAGACAGGAUUGAGUUUAAUAGAAAAAAAAUGUUUAGGCAAUAAUUGAACAAAAGAAUCCUGGCAUAUUUCUAACACUAAUGGCAAUUUACCUUUUGGUAUUUAUUUUCAGUAGUGAAGACCCAGCUUGAAUGUAAAUUUUUGUAUAGUGUAAGUAUGAAGACCAUAGUGCAUCUGUACAGGUAGUCACCAGUCAUUGUGAUAUAAUAAUUGAUGGGCUAUUUUGAUGAAGAAAACUUUGCUCAUUUCUGUUUCUACUUUCUAAUAGAGAAAUUGCCAUGACUCCUCUGCUUUUUGACAUUUCGUAUAAUUUUUUUUUUCGGGUGGGAAUAAAAAAAAAGCUGUGAAAUUGUUCAACCUACUUUGUAACCAAAGAAGCAAAGCUGUGUAAUUGAGUUUUUUAUUUUAUAAUGCACAUUCUUUAUGUAUUUUUAUUUAGUGUUCUCAUUCACAUUUUUUCUUUGCUGUCUAGCAUGAUCUGCAUGACCUAUAAUCUUUGAACCACUUUCGUACCUCAUGUUUUAUCCAGCACUCUUAUUGUGAUAUGUAAUAGUCUGUGAACAAUGUCAAAUAAAAAGAAAGAACAGCUAGUGUUGGUGGAGCUGAGCUGGUGUGUUAUGCACUAGUUUAAAAAAAAAUGAAGUGAGCCAUCUUUUGUUCAUUUAAAAUGGUGUUUUGAAUUUCGUAUGCAGAAAACGUUUUGUUACAUUGCAGAUUUUAAUGUAUUUAAUAAAUGCAACAUGCAGAUUAAGUGCAGUGUAUACUGAGUAUUUAAAUUAAAAUGUACAUUUCAUAAAUACAGUUUCAAGAGACCAUCAUUUGUGUAUAUUAACGUAGUAUGUCAGAAAUUGAUGUACAAUAUAUUUUAACACUUUCUGAAAUUAAACUGCAGUUUUGUUGAAA